AUGGCAUCUCGCAGUGAGAAAUUCGCUCGCAAGUUCCCAGAGAAAAAAGAUGAGGACCCUCAGAAGUCUGAAGGAACCAAGAACGAUGAAGAGGAGAUAAUCAAGUUUUCUCCAGAGGAAGAAGCUGCAUUAAUUGAAGAAUCCAAUACACAGAAAGCAUCUGCAAAUGCGUUAUUCGCCAAAUCCGAAUAUCGAGAAGCGAUAGACAGUUAUGAUCAAGCACUAGCAACAUGUCCGAACUACCUAGAUUACGAGAUCGCGGUCCUGAAAAGUAAUGUUUCAGCUUGUCAUCUUAAAUUAGAGGAUUGGAAAGAAGCGGUGAAGUCUGCGACGGAAGCUCUCGAUGGGUUAGAGAGACUGGAGAAGCAAAAUGCGGAGAAGGUCGAAAAGCUAUCAAAGGAAGAGGAGGAGGAGAUUGAAGUGGUUAUGAGUGAUGCUACAAGGGAAAGAUUGUCCAAAAUUCCCGUGGAGAAGCCAGAGCCAGAGCAAAAGAGACUUGCGGAUAUUGAGAGAAUCAAGGCAAAAGCUUUGAUGAGGAGGGCGAAGGCCAGGAGCGAACAGGGAGGUUGGUCGGUUCUACAGGGUGCUGAAGAAGAUUACAAAAUCCUUGCCACUAUGCCGAAUCUCUCGGCAGCGGAUAAGAGAAUCGUUCAGCAGCAACUGAAAGCACUACCACCUCGGACGAAAGCAGCCCAGGAAAAGGAGACAGGAGAGAUGAUGGACAAGUUAAAACAGCUCGGAAAUGGCAUACUGAAGCCAUUUGGUCUGUCGACGAAUAAUUUUCAGAUGGUUAAGGAUGAGAAGACUGGAGGAUAUAGCAUGAACUUCAACCAGGGUGCUUGA